AUGUAUGACCUCGCACCUCCAGGCUCUCCCAUACCUGGGCUGGAGCAUCUAUUCGGAGGAGGAUCAGGGAUGUCAAAGACGGGAGGGCAGAAAACGUCUGCUGCUCCCUCUCAGAGGAUCGAGCGAAUGAUACAGACGUCUGCAUCGCACAGACGACCUGUCUUGGUAGGGAGGAGGGAUCUUCGAGGGAACAGCAACGGGACGACAAAGACGAGCAGGAAGACUGCAGGAGAGCGGAGGAGGAAGGAAGUCGACGACGAGGGUGCCAACCUCGCGGAUCUGAUCCUGGCAGCUGUCCCAAGACAGCCGAUCGUCGUGGAGUAUGAAGCUACACCACCAUCAUAUGUGCAGGACGAGGAGUUUGCUGCCGUAACACGCAGUGAGCAGGAGGAGCGAGCGAUGAAGAUCCGAAAACAAGAAGAGCUGAAGGAGUCUCUCAGGCAGCAGCUUUCCUUCCCUGCCUCCCUUCCCAUCCUCUGGUCCCAUCCCUUCUGCUCAAGAGCGACUUCGCAGCGGGAGGAGGAAAGGGAGGAGGAGAGGUGUAGGAGGGAGCAGGAGCAGCUCAAGUAUCAGUUUGAGGCAGAGAAGGCAGCAAAGCGAUCAGCUGGAAGCUCACAAACAACAGCUGCUCGAGGAGGAAGGAGAGAGGCUGCUGGUGCGGUGAAGGGCGUCAAGGGCCCUGCGAAGACGGCGAGACUUGAGAAAUGA